AGGUGUCCUGGAGGGCAGGUAGUUUGCCCCCGGUGAUGCGUUGUGCAGACCUCACUACCCUCUGGAGAGCCUUACGGUUGAGGGCGGAGCAGUUGGUGAUACAGCCCGCCAGGAUGCUCUCGAUUGUGCAUCUGUAGAAGUUUGUGAGUGCUUUUGGUGACAAGCCGAAUUUCUUCAGCCUCCUGAGGUUGAAGAGGCGCUGCUGCGCCUUCUUCACGACGCUGUCAGUAGGCAACCAGUGUGUGUGCCAACACUCUUUCUGCUGACACUAGACGGCAUCAAGACCAGACCAAGGAAGAUACUCAGUGAAACACAACGGUUUGCAAUGGGGCUAUAUCUGGUGGUCCUCUGGGUCUGUGCUGUGGUGUUGCAUUCCCUUGGGAGAGCAGAGAAAGGUGAUUGUGAUUGUGUAUCAUCCUUACAUGUGUUUACCCUGCAGUGUUGGGGAGUAGCGAACUACAUUUAAGUCAACUAGUAAUUAAACUACAUUUUGCAGUAGCAUGGUGGAAGUUGAAUUCCAAUCAAUUCAAAUCCAUGUAGUGGAGUAGCUAACUAUUGGAACUACACAUUUUGAUUUAUUUUUUGCAAAGAAGAAAAGAUGUGUCUGAUAUAGGCAAGAAUUUAAUUUCUUUUUCAGGUUCAGAACGGCCUAUUUCUCACUUGAAACAGCUUUUGUCUUUAUUAAUAAUCGGUCAAAUUACACAUUUAGUUAAAGAUCGAGUGCAGUCAAAUGUGAUUUUCCUGUGUUUGACAUAUAUUUCCACACUGUGAGGAUGAAAAAAGACUGUGAAAUUGUGAAAAUGAUGAUAUCCUUUUCAUUUAAGAGCUGUUUGAAAAGGCCGCCUGAAAUGUGUCCCUGUUUUGGUGGGAUGGAGUUUGGGCCUGUCUGGUGACAUCAACAUGCAUUAAAUUAGUUUGAUAGACCAAUAAGAAAGAGUUCCAAACCUCUCUCCUAGUUUUCAGUUUUGCCCUCCUCACUCAGACCACUCCCAGACACUCUUAGUAAAAUUAUUGCUUGAGAAAUUGCUCUUCGCUAAGAAGCUAUUUUUGUUUAUUUUUGACUACAAGUGAUUGCUUUCAAUUAAAUUGAAGUACUUAAUUGUUACCCAGAAAUGAUUUGAUAUUGAGCUAAGAUAAAUGGCAGCAUUGAACAUUUAACACCUGACCCCAGAGUGAUGUGUUUUUGUCAUUUGUAGUCUAUGACAUUUCAGAUUUAGAUAUGAUCAUUUUUUUUCUCCCAAAGUAGCUUGGAUGUAGUGAACUGCUUUUUCAAUGUAGCUUUACUUAAUUAAAACUACAAAACAUUAAGAACACCUUCCUGAAAUCCUUCUUUAACCUAUCUCAUCCCCUUCAUCUACACUGAUUUGAGGUGGAUUUAACAAGUGACAUCAAAAAGGGAUCAUAGCUUUUCACCCAGAUUCACCUGGUCAGUCUGUCAUGUAUAUGGUUUGUACAGUCAGUUCCUAAGGGUGUCUUUAAUGUAGCUUAACUUCUAGUGUGAAGUAACUGUAACUAUGAGUAACUAUGAUUUCAGAGUAGCUUCACCAAAACUGUUACGAUAUAGUGUGCGACCUUACUGAGCUCUAUUUCUGUCUCUGUCUGACAGUAACUCAAACUACUGAAACAAUUUUCUCUGAGAGAACAGAAGGGUUGACUGUUGGGACAGUUACUACAAGGCUGGAUGUGACCCGAAGCCCUGCUAGACACACACACCAGAGCCUAGAACCUGACCAGAAGCAAGAACUGCCUCCCUUAUACCCCUGUCAGGAUGACGAGACGGGAGAGUGUACCAGAGGGAUUCUCAUGGUGUUAUGCAGCUGGUUCAGAGCGACAACGAUGAAGACAGCGGGGACUAUGAAGACACUGACAUUGACACCAGCAUUGACCCCUGCAACCUAUCACCCAGUGGACCGGCCCGCUGUCUUAUCUACCCAACCAAUCAACUCAACUGCUCCUGGAAAUUCCAUGGUCUUCUUAAUGACAGCCAAUCCUCUGCCUCUGUCUUUGUGUGUAGGAACAAUGAGAGUAUCUCCAGUGUGGACUGUGUCUCUGAGGUCAUGGGAGGCCAGGGAUGGCCUGGCGGUGUGGUUCGAGGCGUGUCUGCUGGCUGCCAAGGGAGUGUGGAUGACGGCGUCACCUCUUUGAGUCUGACUUUCAAAGUGUCACGCCCUGGCGUGUGCUGCAUCUACACUAUUAAAAUGGAGACCAUAGAUAUCGAAGUACUGCUCCCGCCCCCCAACAUCACUGCCUGGGUCAGAGAGGAGGGUCUGCUGGUGCAGUGGGAUCUUCCGUCCAACACCACACCCAGAUGCUUCCACUACCAGCUCCAGAUCAAUGACCUGGUGAGGAGCUUCACACAGGGACUGACAUUCACCGAGACCAACCUGGACCACACACAACGGUACGACGUGAAGAUGAGGGUGAGGAAGAAUAGUAACUGCAGAGGAUCUGAACACUGGAGCAGCUGGAGCAACACCAUCCCAGUGGCCCCGUCUGAAUCACACAAUCAGCUGAACACUCCGGUGAUUGUUGCCAUCACUCUGGGGAUACCCAUGAUCUUCCUGGCUCUGCUGCUGCUGAUCAGACUCCAGAGGGACCGUCUGUUUCCCCCCAUCCCUGGCCCCCCACUGACGAUUAAACACCUCUUGGAGAGAGACGACCUACUUCAGGCCCUGCCGUCCAAAUGUGUUGAGGAGAUCACAGUGGUGGAGGAAGCUGAGGAAACACCUGUCAAUAUGGCCAGUUAAACAAGAUGGCCUGUUUUUAAAGUAGCCUCGUAAAUACCAGCGUGAAGCUUGCGGAAUCAGAGGGCUUUUCUAGGCUGUUUUAAAGCCCCGUCAACAUUAGCCCCUAGGCUCUCUGGCCGAUCUGUAAGAAGGAUCCCCUUAGCCUAUCAGAGGUGAAGAUGCAGUCAUUAUUAUUUGUUAAUACCUAUACAGUCCUUUCCGAUCUACAAGUAGGACAAUGAGUGUGUGCAGGGCAAGUGUGACCUUCCUGGUCCCAUCCAUCAAGUCUGUGAGUCAACACAGGAAGGAGUAAUGGAUGGAUAGUUAUUUUAUUUCCAAAGCUGCGAUCAUGGGACACACACAGUAUGGAUGAAUGAUGAGUAGUAGACAGGAUAUAACAGCACUCCUAAAGAAGAUGCAUUCUCCAGUUAGCUACCAACUUCAAAGAGGGAACAUUAGCUAGCAUAAAACCCACAUUGGCAAAUAACAUAUCUGACGCCAAACCAACAGCAUUAGUUACUAAUAACAUAAAUUGCUAACGUAAAAUGUGGAUUUUUUUUAAUGUAAUGUCAACUUUAUACAUUUCUAUCCACAAGCAAUUUCCUUGGUCAGACAUGUUGGAUUCUAGCUUGAAAUAUACUUAUUCAUAUUACCUACUAUGAAUUAUUGAUGACUUUACAUGUAUAAUGAAUUUAUGUGUUUGAGUAAAUGGCGGAUAAGAACUAGGUGAAUGGAAAGUUAAUCAGUAGGUUCCUAUGGAGGGAGGCAAAGGGCAACAGUCUGGUUUCAGUCACUGGUAAGGUAGGACAGCUGUGGAUUAGGGAGGAGUGAGAAAUUUGGCCUGAAGUGAGAAGGAAUAAGACAUUUUUGCAUUUGUAUAAAGAAAAACGAUCACAUUUACGUAAGUAUUUAGAACCUUUACUCAGUACUUUGUUGAAGCACCUUUUCCAGCGGUUACAGCCUCAAGUCUUUUGGGGUAUGACGCUACAAGCUUGGCGCACUUGUAUUUGGGGAGUUUCUUGCAUACCUCUCUGCAUAUCCUCUCAAGCUCUGUCGGGUUGGAUGGGGAGCUUUGCUGCACAGCUAUUUUCAGGUCUCUCCAGAGAUGUUCAAUCGGGUUCAAUUCCGGGCUCUGGCUGGGACACAAGGACAUUCAGAGACUUGUCCCAAAGCCAAUCCUGCUUUGUUUUGGCUGUGUGCAAAUGGUCAUUGUCCUGUUGGAAGGUGAACCUUCUCCCCAGUCUGAGGUUCUGAGUGCUCUGGAGCAGGAUUUCAUCAAGGAUCUCUUGCUUCGUUCAUCUUUGCCGCAAUCCUGACUAGUCUCCCAGUCCCUGCCGCUGAAAAACAUCCCCACAGCAUGAUGCCUCCACCAUGCUAGGUUUAACUAAGUGGCAAGGUGAAAAAUCUAUGAAUGUGCCCUUGAGCAAGGCACUUAACCCUAAUGGCUCCAGGGUUACUGAUCAUAAUGGAGAGUGGGGUCACAGCCAGCCAUUAUGAACGGUGUUGUGGAAAUUUCCUCUAUUUACCUCAUCAUGGGAGCAAACCACACACACACGUCCGAGUUAGUUAUAAAAGUCCAUCUUUAAUUAUAUGAGCUCUUAUCACAAUCCUGUGACUCUCAGAUAAAUCCAGUGUCUCCUAGUGAAUUUUCUGAGAGUCCUCUUACAAUGCAACUGAGUUCCUUUUAAUAGCAAAGACACACAUAGUCAGACAGCAUAGACAUAAUUCAUCGUUCAGCUUUGUCUCCUUUCCCAAACCCCAGAACCAUAAACCAAUUCCUCCAUAUCAACAGGCAUAUAUCAAAUUGUCAUUUAUAUACAACAUACUCUAAAUACAAACUCCUGGACAAACUCACGGAGAGGAGAGUGAGGCUAUAGGUUAAGAUAGAAACAACAUUAGAGGGAGCAUAGAAUGAUUCCAGACACUGCAACCCUUCUUUCCCCACUAGAAAAGGUAGGGAGUAAAAGAUAUGUUUACACAUGAUGACACUUUGACCUCUCCCCUCUCAGCGGCCCAUGCAACUUAGUUUUGACAUAGAACAGAAACUGCCAAUGGCCACCACUAUAGUACAACAAAAUACAUUCUUAUGAGAAGUAACUUACACACAUUUGAUGAAUAUUAAACAUCUUACAAAUGUUACCAACAAAUUCUGAUCCUUCCACGACAACGGUAACCCUGGAGCCAUAAGGGUUAAGUGCUUUGCUCAAGGGCACAUCCAUAGAUGUUUCACCUUGUCGGCUCGGGGAUUCAAACUAGCAACCUCUGUUGUUACUGGCCCAACGUUCAAACCGCUAGGCUACCUGCUUAAACCCCACCAUCAUUAACCCCUAAGCUUGUGGGCCGAUCUGUAAUGAGGAUCCCCUUAACCUAUCACAGGGCAAGAUGCAGUCGAUUACCCUUUAGUUAACACCUAUCCAAUCCUUUCAGAGAGUGGGAUAUGAAAAAAACACAUUUCUAAAUCUCAUGUGAAAGAGGACAAAUAUUAGUACCCACCAAAUUACUACACACACACUUCAAAGCGUUCCUCCACCUGGAACCACAAACGUGCACUUUUGUAAACAACAAAAGCAUCUCAAAGGCUCAAUUAAAUGCAUGCAUAUAUAUACACACACACACACACAAACAAAUUGUCCCAUCUCUGUUGAAAACAUAAAAUUGUUAACUAUAUUACAAGCACUGUGUGUGUGUGGGACAACCUACCACUCCACAGACUCGUCUCUCAGCUGUUUUGUGUUCAGGGGGUGUAUUGUCGGGGGGAUGCUGUCAGCAGGGACUAUCUGCAGACGUGGACUUGGUGAUUUGGAGGCUGUUAUGUUUGCUGUAUUGUGUUGCAUUAUGGGCUGCUACUUUGUGUACUUGUUGAUUGUGCAUGAAGUGCAGUUACUUUCACAAAUGCACAGCUCAUAACACUGACAUCCAAGGCCUUACACGGACUGCUAUAACAUGGGAGGUAAUGGCGCAUGUGUGUAGGGAGGAGUACGAGUUUAUUUUCCAUGUUUUUAAAUGAAUACUUUUGAAAUCCUAUUGAUUCAUGUUCUCAGAAUAUUACAGAGUGACUCACCUGAUGCCUCCAUCCAUCAGAUUCAUUCUAAUGCGGUGGACGUAGUGUCCUCCUGAACCAGAGAGAGGAAAGAGUUGACACUCGGUUUCAGUAGGGUCGUGUAAAUCAAAAGGUGAGACAAACUGGGUGACAUAAACACACUCAAAUGUUGAAAACACUAUCCACUCAUUCUGAAAGUGCUUUUUAGUUCUAAUGAGGUAUUACUACUCAUCUCACUGCAAUACGUCUUAGAGUAUUGUAGUGAGAUGAGUAUAGACCAGGCCAAGAGUGUGCAAAGCUGCCAUCAAGGCAAAGGGUGGCUACUUUGAAGAAUCUCAGGUAUAAAAUAUUUUGAUUUGUUUAACACUUUUUUUGGUUACUACAUGAUUCCAUAUGUGUUAUUUCAUAGUUUUGAUGUCUUCACUAUUAUUCUACAAUAUAUAAAAUAGUACAAAUAAAUUAAAACCCUUGAAUGAAUAGGUGUGUCCAAGCUUUUUAGAUACUGUGGAGAUAGCGUGAUUUGACGUCAUUUUAUCUGUGACCAAUGACCUUGAGCCUUCUUGGAUGGGCACUUCUAAUGUAAUUCUAUGGCAGCACCCAAGGGGCUAGAAUUUUAGAGCUCUACCCUUAGACUUGGCGGUGACCUAGUGUCCCCAUGAGUGACAGAACACUGAGCCAAUCACGGCGCAACGCUACGCAUUUUCUGCUGGCUUGCCUUGCCCAACCAUCGCAGAAAGCACUGAGCUAGGCUGAAACACCUGCAUCUUGGAGCUGCCUAACUCAAGAAAACAAAAAAAAAGAGACCAUGUUUGUAUGCAGCUUAAUUAACUGCCCUGAAUGACGGGUCGCCACUGGCUUAGUUUUCUUUAUUUACUUACCCCACAUUAGGUUAUUUCAAAUGAUUGUUUGGAAGCUUUUUACAUAUUAAACCACUUGAGUUUC